CAAAGCACUUUUAAUCUAGAUAUUUUGGGGAUCCAUCAAGCUUCGGGUACCUGGAAUCUAUCUGUCAUCUGUUCCCAAAACCUCCAGACUGAUCAUGGCCAGACAAGACGCCCCCCUCUUCCUCCAUGGCUUUGACCUGGGCGCCCACUUUGUUGACCUUCGACCUCUUGGUAUGGGUGUUACAGGCCUGGUCCUAUCUGCUGUAGAUCAGCGCACUGGAAAGCGGGUAGCAAUUAAAAAACUGGUGAUGCGUGAUACCGUGACAGUGAAACACGCUCUGCGGGAGGUCAAAAUCACCCGGCUUCUGCGCCAUGAAAAUGUGGUGAGGGUUCAUGAGGUUUUGGCGCCGUAUGGACGGCCGCUGCCCAGGGACCCAACCCAGCUGAGUGCCCUGUACAUCGUCCAGGAGUGCAUGGAGACCGACCUGGCUCGGUUGCUUGAACAAGGACCAUUACACACAGGUCACGCUACUCUGCUAUUCUACCAGCUGCUGAGGGGACUGAAGUUCAUCCACUCUGCUAAUGUCCUGCACAGAGAUCUGAAGCCUGCCAACAUAUUCAUCAACACAGACCAACUGCUGCUCAAGAUUGGAGACUUCGGGCUGGCCAGGAUAGUCGACCCUCACUAUUCUCAUAAGGGCUAUCUGUCUGAGGGUCUGGUAACUAAGUGGUAUUGUUCCCCCCGUCUGCUCCUGUCCCCCAACAACUAUACCAAGGCCAUAGACAUGUGGGCCGCUGGCUGCAUACUGGCUGAGAUGCUCACUGGACGCAUGCUGUUUGCAGGAGCUCAUGAGCUGGAGCAGAUGCAGCUGAUUCUAGACACCGUGCCAGUGCUGAGAGAGGAGGACAGACAGGACCUGUUACAGGUGAUGCCUUCAUAUGUCAGUCAUGGAUGGAGAGUCAAGAAACCCUUUUCUGAAUUGCUGCCUGAAGUGGAUGCUCAGGCUGUGGACUUCCUGGAGCGUAUCUUGACCUUUAACCCCAUGGAUCGGCUGACAGCUGAAGCGGCGCUGUCCCAUCCCUUCCUCCAGCAGUACUCCUGUCCAGAGGAUGAACCCACCUCGUCGCAUCCCUUCCGCAUCGAGGACGAACUGGUGGACAGCCUGAUCACCGAGCAGAGCCUCAGCAACAGCAACAGUCAGGCUUCCAGCAUCCACUGGGAGAGGUACGAGAACAGUUUAUCAACAGAUGUGUCCUGGCAGCAGUCAGGCGGGUGGUGUCGCUGCAUGCCCCCGGGCCACAUUACUUCUGAUCUGGGAGACACAACAGAGGAUGAGGAGGUGCAGAGAGACCCUCGGGCCAGUUCCACCUCACUGUUAGAGGAGGCCCAGGUCGACCCACGCAAAUAUUCCCACAGCAGCUCAGCUGAACGCUUCCUGGAAAACUCUCACUCCUCUCUGGAUCGGGUCUGUGGUUUGGGGUUUGGGGAACUGGACUGUGGCCGCUCCUGUGACUACAAAGUGGGCUCUCCUUCAUAUCUGGAUAAAAUUGCCUGGAGAGAUGGCAAGCCUCAACACUACUCAGAGCCGAAGCUGAUUCUGGAUCUGUCUCAUUGGAAGCGUAACACUCACAACCUCCCUGUGCCUGCUGAGCCUAUUGGUGGCAGCGUGGAGGACCUGGGAGAGAUGAAAGAGGAGGAAGCAGAAGAACAGGAGGAGACGGGGGACUUAUUCCAGGAGAUCUCUCGCUGGGUGGAGAGCACCCAGUCUCGUCUGCAUUCGCCCAGUCCCAGUCCUUCUCUGGAGCAACGUUCACCCUCCUGCUACACCUCCUCUCCCCCUCUCCCUCUCUCCCCGACUGACCUCCCAACUCCAGUCUUCCACUACGCUGAAGUUGUUCGGCAACCAUCAACUGAAUAUGACGAAGACAGACUAAGCCCAUUCCCGCCUGUUACGUCUUCCUCCAAUUCCCUUCCCUCACUCCUCCCCUCAUCUCCCACCUCUCAACUUCCUCCACAGUCACCUGAAACAGUGUCUCCCCCCACAUCGCCACUUCCUCCCCCCCGAGAAUCUCAACCUCUUUCCUCUACUUCCUCCAUUUCUCAGCCAGUAAAUGACGACUCCUUGGAGUCACUCCCUGUCAAGCAAAAAGAGCGGCUGUUCGACCUGGACGUGUUCAUAUCCCGAGCACUGAAAUUGUGCAGGCAGAAUAAGGAGAAAGCCGAUGGGAAGAAAGGAAAAGAGGGAGGAUGGAGGGAAGAAAGCAAACCGCCGAACAUUAACCGAAAGUUGCCCAGGCUUCCAGAGCACAGGACUCCACCACCACAGACUCCCAACUCUUGAUGCUGAAUUUCAACUUCAGGUCCUCCGCAGUAUAGCAUCAUAACGGUUAGCACUUUCAAAUGCUCAUAGUGCUUCACAAAGUGAGGGGUAUCCAUGGUUGAAUAUGCUGCUUAAACAUUAGACCUUGGUGUUAGCAGCAGUUGUCUUUUUGGUACUAUUGCAACAACAUGCUACACGCUGUGACUAAAACCCUCACUUAAACAAGCAAUCCUGCAGCUUUGUCAAGAGGUGCUCUCAGGCAAUAAGAGUUCAGAAAGCAUUAGGGUUAAAUAUAAAUAACCAUGCUUUAGCACUGCAACUAUCAAGGAUUUGUUCAACAUGACAAUAUUUAGAAAGUGGGCUAAUUAAUGGUUGUGUGGUUUGCUAUCAUUUGUCAAGUUAAAGAUGGGUCAAACUUUGACUUGAUAGUCACUUAUUCUGUGACACGGACAGUCAGCCUGUUAAUAAGUUAGCCAGGCUAUUGUGUGCUGCAAAACCUACUGGAGAGGGAUCACUUGGUUAUUUUUAAGUUUGCUUUAGAUUUGUGUUUCUAUACAAGAUCCCUUGCUGUAUGUCAGUCAGUAAUUUUUGCGAAAUGUCAGACAGUCUUCCAAUGGUGAUGUUCACCGAAUAAUGAAAGCAACAUGGGAAUUACUUCUUCCAAGUUUCUCUGAAUGUAUGAACUGAAAAAUAAUCAGUCAAAUUAUGCUACACGGUGAACUAUAAGGAUUUCAUUUGUUGCUGUUAUAACACACAGUGACUUAAUGAGCUUUGUCACUGCUACAUGCCUUGUAAACUUGUAUAAAACUGUUUUCAUAUUUAAUUCUAUAGUAUCAAGACUGUUGUUAAUGAUAUUCUUGCGUAUUCUUUAAAUGCUAGAGCACAACUUUAUGUUCAUUUGGAGUGAGUUGUAUUUAGUUUAACUGUGGAAUGCUUUAUGGUUAAUAAUUUAUAAUUAUUUAACAAACUAUGCUCUAGUUCUAUCGUAAAUAGUUUCAUAUACUGUCUCCCUGAUGCACUCAAUGAGGUAAUCAUCUGCUGUACACUAUCCUCUCUGUACUAGACAGCCAGAUAUCUGUCAUCUUUUUGCUCACGUAAAUGUUAGCCACAGAAAGCUACAAUGCAAACAACAGCCUAUAUUUUGGAGAAUGUAGAUCCUUUACAACCUUUAUAGGAAAUUAUUUGUACUCAAAACUCCUCCAUGCUGCCCAGUAACCAUAUUAAUAUGGAACAGAAAAUAACCAAAACAUAUAUUUUGAAGUACUUUUCUAUCCAGCCUGUUAGACCCUCAGAAUGUUAUUUAUUGCAGGAUCUGAUGUUUCCCUUCAAGGUAACCAAAUCAGGUAAAAGAUACAGUCAGUUAACAAAUGAAGGCUGUUGGCUCGUGCCUCAUACAUUCUUAAUCAACUGCAUCUGACAUUCACUUCACUUGUUGAACUAUUAUGUAAAUGGAAUUCUUCUGAGCUAGCACUGAAAAGAAAUACGGUUAAAUCCAUGGUCUCCAUAAUCUGUAACCAAGAAGAAAUAGGCUUCCACCAUUUCUGGUUUCAUUGUUUGACCUGUAAUGCUCUGCUGUGGGUGUACCAACACAAGGAUCCAGGUAUUGGGAAUGCCAGAGGCACAGCACUGAGAUGUAUAAAAAACACUGCCAGCACAGCUCCAACACCUCCAGAAUAAGACAUGUUUUAUCUGUUAAGUGAUCUUUCAGUCCAGCCUUUCAAACUUACAUUAAGUGGUUCAAGGUGAAAAAUGUUUUUUUUAAAGCUGUUAACUGUUGCUCAUAUAAAGUUGGUCUAAAAAUGGUGACUUCCAUAAUAUUUGCAUCUUCACUGUAGCCAACAUAACCAGGUAGUGAGCAGAUCAUAACUGGCACAACAUGACUUCAGUACAAGUUAUGAUACAGCAAAGCCAGGUAUAUUCUUUUAUAUUCACGAUAGACAUGAAGCACAUUUAGAGUCACUAGCACAGAAAUACAGAUUUUCCUCAGCGACAGUUGAAAAUCCACCACUGUCAAUGUUCAUGUUCAUCAAUAAUGAAUCUCUAUAGUAUUCACCAUACCUGGGCUGGACUAACUGAACAACAACAACUAACACUGGUCAUUGUCUGAUCCAGAGGCAUUUAUCUAUUUAUAGAAAUAGAUAGAAGCUGUGCUGCAGUCAAACUAAUUAUAAGGAGUUGUUUUUUCAACCUAUACAGGUUCAGUGAUCACAUUUUGCAUUAUACUUUUACCUCUGCAGGUAACCUAAGCCAGCAAUAACAUCAUUGACAAAAUACACAAACAUACUGUAAGAUGUGGUUACUGAGCCAACAUUAAGUAUUUUAAGUGUGUGAAGCAAUGUAGUAAAUGUGCCUCAGUACACCUUGAUGCUUCCAGCUUGCUGAAUGUAACAUAUCUUCUCCCUUCUGCAUGGCUUUCAGAACUAUUCAAAUAGCUUAAAACUUUGUUGUUUUUAUUACGUGUCACUUUGUUGUCAUAUUUCUGUGGGCUCUUCAUUUGAGAACAGCUGU